ACACCGCUAUCAGUUUGUUGUUCAGAAUCAGUUCAGCUGAUAAACCUGUUCCUCCCGAGGUUGAACGGUACAGUUUGUUCUGUAAGCUAUUAUUAAAGGAUUCGGUUUAUUGUCGAUCAUUGUUAGUGUCUUUCCCGCGGCGCACAUGGCGAAAGUCUUCGUGUACGGGACGCUAAAGGAAGGCCAGCCCAACUACUUCAGGAUAAAGGAUAAGGCCGAGUUCGUGGCUCACGCUCGCACCGUUGACCCAUACCCGCUCGUGAUCGCAACCGAAUACAACAUCCCCUUCCUCCUGAACGUCCCCGGGACGGGUCAGCGCGUUCACGGAGAGAUCUACAGCGUGGACCAGAAGAUGCUGGAGUUCCUGGACGAGUUUGAAAAGUGUCCACAGAUGUACCAGCGCACACUCAUCCGGCUGGAGGUUCAGGACGGGCCCGGUGGAGGAGAACACAAACCGGAGGCUGGAAGUAGCAUCGAGGCUUAUGUGUACACCACAGACACAUAUGAACCCGAGUGGCUCGAAAAAACAACAUAUGAGAGUUAUAACUCUAACGGUGAUCACGGCCUGCGCUUUGUCGGUCGUGAAAACAGACGCCCUGAGUAACAUUUACCAGGGUUUUACCACACCUGUCAGUGUCACGCAAAUUUAAAUAAAGGAGUAGUUCACUUU